AUGACGUUUGUUCCAGACGAGAUAAAUGCAACCAAGGAGAAACCCUCGAUGCCCGUUGACCAUGAAUUUGGCAACGUAAGCAACAACGUCCAACACGAUGCGGUGUUUGGCGAAAUCACUGAUGAGGGCCCAAAUUACCGAAAUGUCGGUUGGAUAGGCACAGUUGGUUUGAUGAUGAAGACGCAGAUCGGUCUGGGUGUCUUGUCUCUCCCUUCGGUGCUCGACACGUUGGGUUUGAUUCCCGGAGUGAUCAUCCUCUGUGUCAUUGCCGGCAUUACCACCUGGUCCGACUACAUGGUUGGCGUGUUUAAGCGGAAUCAUCCUGACGUAUACGGUGUCGAUGAUGUUGGACAACUCAUGUUCGGUCGUAUCGGCAAGGAGCUUUUCGCAGCCGCUUUCAUGGGCCAAUAUGUCAUGACUGCCGGUUCGGCCAUGCUCAGUCUUUCCAUCGGAUUCAAUGCCUUGUCGAAUCAUGGUGCCUGCACGGCCGUCUUUGUCGCCGUCGCCUUUGUCCUCGUCCUCGCUUGCGCCAGCCUCCGUACGCUUGGCAAUAUUACAUGGGUCGCCAUCACUGGUGUUUUUAGUAUCAUCACUGGCGUUUUGAUCGUCACCAUCAGCGUCAGUGUUCAGGGUCAGCCCCCUGAUGCCCCAACCGACGUUGUGUGGGAGUCAGAUUAUAAGCUCAUCGGCGAUCCCACCUUUUUGGAAGCCGUGUCGGCUAUUGCAGCUAUAGUCUUCGCCUACGCCGGCACCGGUGCUUUUUUCCCCAUCAUCGCCGAGAUGAAGGAUCCACGGAAGUACACACGUGCCUUGAUGGUCUGCCAGACUCUCGUCACCAUUGUUUAUGUGGUGUCACCAUUGUUUAUGUGGUGGUGGCUGUUGUUGUCCCUUGGUUCCGCAGGGCCGGUUAUCAAGAAGGUCGCUUACGGUAUCGCUUUACCCGGUCUGCUUGUUAGCGGUGGUCUUCUUACACACGUCUCGUCGAAGUACAUCUUUGUUCGCACGCUUCGAGGCACCAAGCACCUUGCAUCCAACUCAGCCAUUCACUGGGCUUCAUGGCUCGGCUGUACUGUAGGCAUUAGUCUCAUCGCCUAUAUUCUUGCCAGCGCCAUCCCCGUUUUUGGUGGCAUGGUGUCUCUGGCUGGUGCCCUCUUCGGUACCCUACUUUCGUUCCAGCCGAUGGGUUGCAUGUGGCUCUAUGAUAAUUGGAGUAAGGGCAAGCAGAACCCUACUAUUCGAUGGUGUCUCAUGGUGGGCUGGAGUGUGUUUGUUAUUGUCUCAGGCACCUUUCUCAUGAUCGCAGGCACGUACGGCGCGAUUCAGGGCAUCAUUGACUCGUAUCAUGUCAAAGGAGGAUCUGCUGCUUGGUCUUGUGCGGACAACUCGAACUCGAGCUAA